UUCUGGGGGGCGGGGAAGAGAUCGAGGCGAGGAGGAGGAGAAGGGGGAAGACACCCCCCCGCGACCCGAAGGAUGUAAACGCUGAAGGGCUUGAAAAUCUUCUCCGGGAUUCUCUGUGCGAGUCCAUCGGAUCUCAGGACUGAAAACAGAUUGAAAAAAACCAACAACAACCUUUGGAGACCCAAGAGAUCCACAGGGUCCUUCUGGAUCCCUGUCAGAGAAGAGGCCAAAAUGGAUGCAAUCCACCCAGAAUGGAAAGGCGUGGGGAAAGACUCCACUGCCGCUCAGCCUGGGAACUGUGUGGAGGUCUGGGUAGGACCUGGGCAGAAGAUCCCAGAGAAGGAAGCUCUCAGUUCUGAGAUCCAACAUUGGUACUUCAGGAACAGCCCCUUUCAGGAGGCCGAAGGACCACGAGAGCUUUGCAGCCGCCUUCAUCGUCUUUGCUGGGGGUGGUUGCAGCCCGAAAAGCACACCAAGGCUCAGAUGUUGGACCGGGUGAUCUUGGAGCAGUUUCUGGCCGUCCUGCCCAGGGAGAUGCAGCGCUGGGUGCGGGAGUGCCGAGCGGAGACCACUUGCCAGGCGGUGGCCCUGGCCGAAGGUUUCCUGCUGAAUCAGGCAAAGGAAGAGGAGGAGCAGGAAGGGUAUCAG